AUGGAAAACAAAGCCAGGGUGGCUGAUAAAGCUUUAAUACAAGUUAUCUUACAAGAAUACCGUGACCGUUCGGUAGAUUCAAUCACUGGGCCUACAGCCAUACGUAAAUACGAAGCCGCUACGGGCAGACAUCGAGUUUGGCCGGGCUUUGCUUCAGACAUUUUGAAAAGCAAACGCGACCAUGUUUCGUCUAGAAGGGAUCUAGACAGUGCCUCAUUCACCACAGCGCGUUUGCUUGCCCCGUCUGGAGUCGCCGCAGCGCGAAGAAGACCGAGCAAAGUUAAACGGACAUUGUUAGAUGGAAUCCCAAUCGCAUGUUUUAAUAUCGGUGGAGAAAAAAGGCUUUGUUUUGAACAGCUUUUAACGGAGGUACUAAAAGAGUUCACCUUAAGCGAAGUGAACAAUUCGCGUGAUCACUUGAAGAUAUAUUGCCCUAAAUGCGACGAGGAUCAACUAGAAUCGCUAAAACUCUCAAAAACCGUUCCCUGGUCAGACUCUUCUUGUCUUCUCAUCACCAAAAGCGAUGCGUACCGACUCUGUAGCGCUCUACUCGCGAACAAAGCGCCUCAAAGACACGAUAAAAAGUACACAAAACCGUUCCUCGAUGUCUACCACGAAUGUUUUGGUGGUUGCGAAGGAAUUUUCGAGCCAGAAAUUUACAACGAACCUCACGCGAAAUGCGUUACGUGUUUAGAAUGUUAUCGGAUGUUUUCGCCGCGAAAAUUUGUUACACAUAGUCAUGCGACGACGGAAAUUCAAACCUGCCAUUGGGGUAUGGACAGCUCGAAAUGGCGCGACUACCUGUUACUACCAGACGAAAAAGCAGACGACGAAUUGAUUAAG